AUGAGAACUGAUAUGGGAAGAGGGAUGAAGCUUCGUAAUAGUGUAAGUUCCACCUUUCACUUGGCUAGUUUCUACUUUGGUUUUGGCGUUGGUGACCCCCCUCCUUUGGUGCCCAAAAUUGCCUCUCAAACCCCACACCAAGGACCUACAAUGGUGGGACUAACACUACUGUUAGAUCUAUGGAAGAAAAACCAAAGCUUUAACACGGCACGGACCUAUCAAUCUUCUUCCUUUUUUUCUGCAUCUGCCACUGUCGCCUCUUUUGCUGCAGCCACAUCUUUUUCCUCAAAGGACUUCUUUGGGCCACCAGUUGCUUAUUGUGAUGCUGGAGCGAUAAUUUCUGAAGAUCGCAUUCCUAGCAUGGGAAAAGUACCUGGGAAAUAUUUCUACCAUGAUUCUCUAAAAUAUACUACCAACAAGCACUACAACAUUGAGCCCAAACCACUGUUUUCUGCUUUCGAAUUGAAGUCAUUUACAAUUAUUACAUUCAGAUCAUUUCUAAUGUUUUAUUUGCCUCUUAUGGAGCCUCAUGCAAAGAUGGAACAAGAUGAUGUUGAGUUUCUUCAGGACAAAAAAGGCCUUACUGGAAAUUUGAGUAUUCCAUUCAAAAAGUCACUAUUGCAAAUCAUCCGUGAGGUAACUGUGGUGACAACUAGACGCAUUUUAGAACGAAUAACUGUAUAUUAUGUUUCAAGAAGAAUGGCAUGGAAACUACUCAAAGAUGUUCCUGAAUCCGCUGUUCGCAAGGCUGGAAGGAAAAUGCCUACUUUAGUUUACAUUUGCUCUGUGAGCAAAACAACUUUCAGAGGGUACAUGCUUGGAGUUUCAGCAUCAUGGCUUGUUCAAGUAGGCGUAGGAUUGUUUCAAUACUUUAAGUCAAAAUCAAAGAAUGAAAAUCUAAGCAGUGAUGUGAGAGUCAGAAUUCUUAGACAGAAGGUUUUCCUGGCUACAGUAAGGUGCAAUGCAUCUCUAAUUUUUGCCUCUAUUGGGGCAGGGAUUGGGGCUGCCCUUAUUCCUCCUUCACUUGGCCAGUGGAUUGGUUGUGCUGCUGGUGAUCUAGUUGGUCCAGUUAUUGUAGCAGUUUGUGCUGAGAAAGUUUUUCACAAGGAUUUGCUGGCAAACCCAGAAUCAGAAGAAUGCUUGGAAGAAUAUGUGGAGCGCAACACCAUAGUGGUGACGGAGUUAUACAAAGCCCUAACGUCCAAACAAACCGAGACGCUCCAUGGGCUUGUGGCCCAGGACUUGGAGUGGUGGUUCCAUGGCCCACCAUGCCAUCAGCACCACUUGGUUCCCUGGCUAACGGGCUCAACACCCUCCUCAAAGGCUCCGGUUCCAGAACAUGUUGUUGGGUUUGGGCCUGUGGUCAUCGCGGAAGCGUUCGAUGAGGCCCACUUGGUGUGGUGGGUGCACGCUUGGACUGUGUCCGUUGACGGGCUCAUAACGGAGGUUAGAGAGUACGUCAACACUUCCGUCACGGUCACUCGCUUAUCACAAGCUCUUCCAAAUGCCUCCAAGUGUCAAUGCAUUUGGGAAAGUAAGCUUUGUGGUGAAUCUGUGCCUGGGCUUAUUCUAGCAAUCUAG